AAACGGAGAAACUUUGGUUUCGGGUAGGAACAGUAACAGUGACGGACACAGGAAGUGUUACGUUAUAUCCGUGUUCAGGACAACAUUUUAACUAGUGGCUUUGUCGUCAUGGAGUUUCAACAUUAGCAUUUUCUUAGACGAUACACGUAUUGUAACACAUUUAAGUGGUUAAACAUGCCGAAGGUUGUGUCUAGAAGUGUUGUGUGCUCGGACACCAGAGACCGAGAGGAGUACGACGACGGAGAAAAGCCUCUUCAUGUCUACUACUGUCUGUGCGGUCAGAUGGUUUUGGUAUUGGACUGCCAACUGGAGAAGCUGCCCAUGAGGCCCCGGGACCGAGCCAGGGUCAUCGAUGCUGCCAAACGUGCCCACAAGUUCUGCAACGUGGAACAGGACGAAAACGCGUACCUCAAGAGGCCCGAGGGCAUCGAGAGGCAGUACCGCAAGAAGUGCGGCAAAUGCGGCCUGCUGCUUUUCUACCAGAACCAGGCGAAGAACAAUCCGGCCACCUUCGUCGUGGACGGAGCUGUGGUCAAGUUCGGGCAAGGCUUUGGCAACACCAGCGUCUACAGUCAGAAGCAGCCGGAGGCUCCCAAGAAAGUCCGUGUUAUGAUGACCAAGCGGACCAAAGACAUGGGCAAGUUCAGCUCGGUCACAGUCUCCACUAUCGACGAGGAGGAGGAGGAGAUCGAGGCCAGGGAGGUGGCGGACUCAUACGCCCAAAACGCCAAAGUGAUUGAGAAGCAGCUGGAGAGGAAGGGCAUGAGCAAGAAGAGGCUGCAGGAGCUGGCUGAGCUGGAGGUCAAGAAGGCGAAGAUGAAGGGCACCCUUAUUGAUAAUCAGUUCAAGUAGAUGGACACAUUGUGACACAAAGUUAUCCUCUGGAGAUCUGCCUUCACACUGGAUCCAUGUACUUUCUGUCCAGUACUGGACAGCACUGCAGUACACAGAGAGGACAAUAUUUGUAAAAAUCUAUACAGGACUGAUGAUUUGCGUAGGUGUUGCUUAUUGAGAUGUUGAGGUUGUAGACAUUUUUAAUUUGUUUAAAAUGUUAUUUUGUACAAAAAUUAAAAGACCAAAUUCA